AUGGCUGAAGCAAUAGAAUCGAUAGAAGAUGAUCUGCCGUUGAACAAUCGAUUUUUGUUAGAAGAUGAUGAGGAAGUUUUUGACAAAUAUAGCGAGCAUUUGACGAGAUUGUUGGAUGAAGGCGAGGGAGAAGCUUUGGUCGAGCUAGGCAUGCCUUUGGACGAUGAAUUUGAAGAAAAAGGUGAGUUUUUUGAAAUGUCCUUGCUUUUUAAAUUUAGAUACCUAAAAAAAUUAUAUUUAGGUCUGACCCAAGCUGAAUUGGACAAGGCUGAGGCCAAGAAUGCUCAGAUUGCCAAAAAACUUAGCUGCGAAUGUACCUCAGUAUUUACCAGAUCUCUAGGAGGACAGAAUUACACUCGAAUAGCAUUGGUUCGAAGAAAUCUUCCAGCUACCGACUUUAUUGAAGUCCGAGUGGCUGUUGUUGGUAAUGUGGAUGCGGGUAAAUCUACAUUCUUGGGCGUUCUCACUCAUAAUUCAUUGGAUGAUGGAAGAGGAUUAGCUAGAAAACGACUAUUCAGGUAUGUUUAAAGUAAUAUGAAAUUAUGGGUCUAUAUUUUUCAUCCAGAAAAUAAAUAUUUAAUAUUUUUUUCUGAUUUUAGGCACAAACACGAGUUUGAAACCGGACGGACAUCAUCGGUCAGCAAUGACAUCCUCGGUUUCGACAUCCACGGAACGAUUGUAAAUAACCCAGAUCCACAUUCGGGCAAACUGGACUGGUUGAAUAUUAGUGAGAAUGCUGCUAAAAUAUUGACCUUCAUUGAUCUGGCUGGCCAUGAAAAGUAUCUCAAAACUACCAUUUAUGGGCUUACUGGACAUCAACCAGACUACACAAUGUUGAUGGUCGGUGCCAAUAUGGGAAUUAGCGGGAUGACCAGAGAACAUUUGUCUUUAUGCUUGGCCCUUAAUGUUCCGGUCUUUGUUGUUGUCACUAAAAUUGAUCGAUGCCCGGAACCAGUCCUGGAGGACACUUUGAAGCAGCUGAAUAAAUUGUUGAAAAGUCCGGGGUCCAGAAAACAUCCGGUUCUUGUAAACACCUUCGAGGAUUUGUAUUUGGCCGCUCAAAAUUUUUUCCAUGGCAGGUAAGAGAGCCGAUGGCGUUUGUUAUAUAUAAUUUUGGUAAUUUUUGCAGAAUGUGUCCGGUCUUCAAAGUCUCCAAUGUUACCGGUGAAAAUAUUGAUAUGGUUAGGACAUUUUUGAAUAUCCUUCCGCUCAGAAGGAAACAAAUGGAUCAUUCACAGGUUUCUUUUAUCAUCGAUGAGGUCUUUUGGGUAAGUUGAAAAAUUUAGUUUUUUUGGGAAUUAUGUUUUUUUGUUAUUUUUUCUGCGUCUAGGUUGAUGGAGUAGGGACCGUUGUCUCUGGAAAUUGUAUAUCUGGCCGAAUAGAAGCCGGAGACACUUUAUGGUUGGGGCCAGAUCCCACAGGAGUUUUUAUACAAGUUCCCAUCAAGUCGAUCCAUCGGAAAAGAAUGCCCGUCGACUUCGUGAGACAUGGUCAAUCUGCUGCCUUUGCUAUUAAGUAAGAAGCUAUUAUAUUAUACAUUCUUGACCGCUAUAUUUUGCAGAAAAAUAACGAAAAGGCAAAUCAGGAAAGGAAUGGUCCUCUUAUCCGGAACUGAAGCCCCCAAAGCCGCUUGGGAAUUUGAAGCCGACCUUCUGAUUCUGAAUCAUCCCACGACUAUUGCCAAAAAUUAUGAAGCCAUGGUUCAUGUAGGUGCGGUCCGGCAAACCGCUAAAUUGAUAAGUUUGGAUAACAAAGAGGUCUUGAGAACUGGAGAUCGCGACAAAGUUCGAUUCAAAUUCAUCAGAAGGCCGGAAUAUGUCCGACCGGGGACUAGAUUGGUCUUCAGAGAGGGAUUAACGAAAGCUGUGGGGACUGUCAGCAAAAUCACGAUUUAUGCAACUCCUGCCAACGCUGAGAAAUAUACGAAAGGAAAGAAUCCAGGUGAUUUAUUUUGCAUUUUAUUCUGAUUUUUAGGAUUAAAAUCAAAAAUAAUGAUAAAUUUUUUAGAACUGAAGAGCCACAAGGCCCAAAAACAUAAGAUGGGACCAAAAGUUGGAACUUGA